AUGGUAUCGGCGACGACGGCUCCACGGCGAGCGGUACAGUUCUCCAAGUCGUGGACCACAGAGGUCGUCCCGCUCGCUCGGACGUCGACGUGUUCGCCAUCGUCCUCCUCCUCCGUCUCCAGCAUGGACGUCGGUGCCAACACGCCUGCGCCGCUCGAGCCGCCUUCCGCACCGAGCGGCCCCUCGCCUCCUGCAGCUCCGCCGACGCUCGUCGCAUGCCGCGCUGCUCCUCUGCCGCCAUCCAGCAGCGCAAAGACGCUUGACGCAGUCCUCUCGCACUGCUACGACCUCUCGGGAGAGCACAUCGACCCAGACGCGCCGCUCCUCGAGUCGGGCCUCGACUCGAUCGGUGCCGUCGAGCUCGGCAACCAGCUUCAGGAGGAGCACUGCAGGGAUGGGGCGGAGCUACCGUCGACGCUGAUCUUCGACCACCCCACCGCGCGCGAGCUCGCCGCCUUCCUCGACGAGGCAGUCUCUCCUCCUGCCCUCGAGACUGGCCUGCUCGGCCCGCCCGCCGCCCCGCCCGCCGCCCGCCCGGAUCAAGCGGAGGAGGCGGCGGUGCAUGUGGGCGGCCUGGCGGCGCGGCUGCCCCUGCUGGGCGGCGGCAGCGAGUCGGCGAUGGAGAGGAUGGCCAUCACCGGCAGCAACCUCAUCUCGGAGGUUCCGCCUUGCCGCUGGUCGAGCGACGGCGCGGCGCGGCUCGACGAGGCUGUCGCCGACCGCGUGCGGCACGGCGGCUUCCUGCGCGACGCGGAGCUCUUCGACCCUUCUCGCUUCGGCGUGUCGCCGGCGGAAGCGCGGGCGAUGGACCCGCAGCAGCGGCUCCUCCUCGAGGUAGGGUACGAGGCGCUGCACGGCGCCGGGCAGACAAAGGUCGAGCUAAGCCGCUCCCUGACGGGUGUGUUUGUCGCGAUCGCCUCGAACGAUUGGGCCGACAUUGUCAAGUCCUCCUCCCCGCUCUCGCGGAGCGUCUACGCGGCGACGGGCAGCCCGCACUCGAUCGCCUCCGGCCGCCUCUCCUUCGCGCUCGGGCUGCAGGGCCCGUGCGUCUCGUACGACACCGCCUGCUCGGCGGCGCUGGUUGCCAGCCACGCCGCGCUGCGCGGGCUGCAGCUGCACGAGUGCAACACCGGCCUCGUGGCUGCGGCGAACCUCGUGCUCCUCCCUGCGGCCAGCGUCGCGUGCGGCAUGGCGGGGCUCACCUCGCUGCUUGGCCGGUGCCACGCGUUUGACCGGCGCGCCGACGGGUACGCGAGGAGUGAGGCGUGCUCCUCGCUUGUGAUGCAGAGGAGCGGCGGAGGCGCUGCCGGCUGCGCUCGCCUCGCCGGUAGCUGCGUGCGGCAAGACGGCAGGAGCGCGAGCCUGACGGCGCCAAACGGCCGCGCGCAGCGGUCGCUGCUCGCUGGCGCCCUCUCUGCCGCCAGGCUGGAGGCCGCGGCCGUGACCAGUCUGGAGGCGGCUGCAAACGGUUCGGCGCUCGGCGACCCGAUCGAGGCGGGCUCGUUGUGCACGCUCCUGGAUGCCCCGAGGCCGGCCCCGCUCGUGGCUGGGGCCGUCAAGGCGAGUGUUGGCCACGCAGAGGCCGCUUCGGGCGCGACCAGUCUGCUCGUGCUCCGCUUGCGCCUGCUGCACCGGCGCUCCUCCCCGAAUGCGCAGCUGCGGGUCAUCAGCGGCCAUGUGGCGGCGGCGCUCGUCCGCAGGGCGUGCGUCCUCCCGACGCAGCUGACGCCGGCGCUGAGCGUGGGGGCGAAGGAGCGAGCGGAGGAGACGGAGGCGCGGAGCCGCGUCGGUGGCGUCAGCUCGUUUGGGUACAGCGGCACCAUUGCGCACGCUUUGCUGCGUGUCAAGGAGACGCCAGCCCCAGCGAUGAACUCGAGUAUGACCUCGAGUCUGCCCAGCUGCCCAGGCUACUUGCGCCGGCGAUUCUUGUGGCGCGAGACGCCGCACCCGCUCAUCCAGCUGCGCGCGGCCGAUGCAGACGGCACCGACAAGGCCUCGUUCCGCUCGCCGGCCAGAGGGGCGCUGCUUGCGGUUGUGGCCGACCACAUUGUGCAGGGCCGCGUCAUCUUCCCCGGCGCGGGCUACAUUGAGAUGGCGCGCGCGGCUACCGCGUCCCUCUCGGGCGGCGCCAACGGCGCCAGGCUCUCGCGCGUCUUCUUCCUGCAGCCGCUCAUGCUCGACGGCGACGUCAGCACGAUGACGAUCAGCGUCGACAUCACCGCGGCCGACGAGCGGUUCGACGUCAACACCGAGGACCUCGAGGCGGGCACCAAGACGUCGCACUGCGCGGGCGGCGCGUCCACUUUGUCGGAGGCGUCGCCCGCCUUCUCGCACGCCGGCUUGCGAGCGUCGUGCGCGCAGCCGGUCGACACCGCCGUCAUCUACGCGGGCUUCCGCUCGGUCGGCCUCGAGUACGGCCCCGAGUACCGCACGCUCACCUCGGCGCGCGUCUCGCGCGACGCGGGCGUCGCCGUGGGCCAGCUGCGCCGCCGCCAGCGCAAGGAGGGCACGAGCGUGCACCCGGCCGACCUCGACGGCUCGCUGCACCUGACCGCCCUCCUCGCCGAGGCGACCGCGGCGGGCGAGAUCCGGCUCCCCUUCUCGGUCGGCGAGGCGGCGCUCACGGACGUGAGCGGCUCUUCGUGGCCGGUGGCGGAGCGGCAGGGCGCCAACAUGACGGGCGUUUGGAUCGGGGCCAAGGACGCCAAGGCGGCUAAGGACUCGCCAGGCGCGCGCCUGACCAACUUCGAGACGCGCGUGCUCAAGGCGGCGCCGGCGGCGGCUCCGCAACGCAAGUCGACGCACUUGUACGUCACGUCGUGGCAGGUUGCAACGGUGCCGGCCGCCGAGGACGCCAAGGCGGCGCUCGUGAUGUGCGCCUCGCCUCCGCUCGCCGCCGCGUCGGGCUCCGGCGCCGCGUUGGCGGCUCCGUUGGCGCCGAUCGGCUCGGUGGUGUACGCCGUCGGCCUCUCUGCUGGCGCCAAGGCCUCCGAUUCGCUUGCCGGUCUACUAGACGCAUUCGUGGUCGUGCGCGCGCACGUCGCGACGCGUGCUACCGUUCCCGUGUGGUUGCUUUCGACGGGUGCACGCGGCGCCCGCUCGAGCGGCACCGGCGUCUCGAGCCACGCAGGCUGGAUGGGGCUCGCCCGCCAGGCGCGCUCCGAGGCGCCGCAGUCGAGCUUGCCGAUCAUCGACCUGGAUGUGCUCCGGCCGGGCGUGACCGUGCUGGCGGCGGUGUCGAAGCUGGCCAGCCAGCUCGGACUCGGCUACGAUGGCACUCCCGAGCCCGUGGUGGCGUUUGACGGCUCUUGCCAGCGUGUCUGCCGCCUAGCGGAUGCCGCUGGCUCGCUAGGAGGACCAGUCACGCUCCACUUCGACGCCCGCGGCGCCAUCAGCAACUUGCGGGUGGUGGCGCAGGAGCCCGAGAACUCCAAGCCGGUCUGCGGCGAGGUCAGGCUCAACGUCGGCGCGGUCGGCCUCAACUUCCGCGACGUGCUCAACGUCCUCGGCGUGUACCCUGGUGACCCUGGCCCUCCGGGCGGCGACUGCGCGGCGCACAUAACUGCCGUCGGCCCCGGCGUUUCGCACAUCAAAGUUGGCGACGCGGCGCUUGGGCACGGGCUCGCUGCCCUCGCGUCUCUGUCUAAGUCCGACGCGCGCCUGAUGGCGGCCAUCACCGACUCGCUCUCGUUCGAGCAGGCCUGCACGCUGCCGACAACGUGGUGCACGGUGCAUAUGGCGCUGCUCGCGGCCCGCCCGGCGGCCAGUCACGACGUGCUGUUGCACGCGGGCGCGGGUGGCGUCGGCCUCACCUCGCAAGAGUACUGCCACUUCAUCGGCAGCCGCGCGAUGGCGAACGUCGGCCGGCCGUACAAGCACUUCUACCUGCACAAGAUGGGCCUCGCCGGCCGGCUGCUGAGCUCGCGUGACGGCGGCGCCUUUGCGCUCGGCGCGUCGAAGCUGCUCGGCUCCGGCCGGCUGCGCUUCUCGCUCAACAGCCUGUCUGCGGACUUCAUCGCGUGCACGUUUGGGCUGCUGCGGCAGGACGGCAAGCUCUGCGAGAUCGGCAAGCGGGCGGUGUGGAGCUACGAGCGGCACGAGGCGGCGUGCUGCAACAACCUUACGAUGAUCGCGCUCGACUCGACGAUUGAGCAGACGCCGUGGUGGAUGUGCGGCACGCUCAGGGCCCUAUCGGCGCGCGCAGAUGCCUUCGUGCUCCACGGCCUCCCCAUGGAGCUCUUCGACCUCGAGAGGAGCGUCUUGGCCGCCUUCCGCACGCUGCAGGGCGGCACCAACACGGGCAAGGUGGUGGUGCGCAUCCCGAGGACGGCCCCGACGCCGCCUCGCGGCACUCACCUGCUCCUUGGCGGCACGGGCGGCCUCGGCCUUGUCACGGGCAAGUGGCUCGGCGAGAGCGGCGCCUCGUCGGUGGUGCUGGCGGCGCGUGGUGGGCGCGCAAGGUUGAGGGGAGGCACCAGCGGGAAGAAGCUCAAGGAGCUCGGCCGGUGUAGCUUCAGCGUGGCCAAGUGCGACGUCGCCGAGCACGCCGACACGUUCCGCCUGGCCGCCGCCGUCCUCAGUGCAGGCGCUGGCCGCUUGGCGGGCGUGUGGCAUGCGGCGGGCGUGCUAUCGGACGGGCUGCUGCGUGCGCAGAACGCGUCGACCGUGAAGCGCGUCUUCGCACCCAAGGUGCACGGCGCUUGGGGCCUGCAGAGGUUGGCUGCGUCGUCGCCGCUCGACACAUGCGUGCUCUUCUCUUCGAUCAGCACGCUGGUUGGCGGCGGGGGCCAGUCCAACUACGCCGCCGCCAACGGCAUGCUCGACGCGCUCGGUGCUUGCCGGCGCGUGCGCGCCCUGAACGCGACCUCUGUACAGUGGGGCCCGUGGGCAAACGUCGGCAUGGCAGCGGACGGCGCCAUCAACGCGGCCAUCCAGGAGAUGGGCUUUGGCCUGCUCAGCCUGGAGCAGUGUACGCUGGCGUUCCGAGCUACGCUGCUCCCGGCGGCGACGGGCGUGAUGAGCUUGAUGGUCGUGAAUUGGAACGAGGUCAACUCGGGGGCGGUGCGGUGGCCGUUUGUGGCCGCCGUUGCGCGCGGCCGCAAGAGCAGCGCGGCCGCUACGUCGAUGGCGGAGACGGCCGGCCCGGGCUCGCCGGUCACGCUCGAGUCGAUGCUGGACGCGCUGCAGCAGACGGUCGGCCGCUCCGUGGACCCCGACGAGCCGCUGAUGGACUCGGGACUAGACUCGCUCGCUGCGGUGGAGUUUGGGAAUCAGCUUCAGGCGCAGAGCGGCCUGAAGCUGCCGUCGACGCUCAUCUUCGACUUCCCCACUGCCCGCCAGCUCGCGGGCUACUUUGAGGAGAAGCAGUCGCAAAGCACGGCCGCCGUCGCAAAGCCGGCUCAGUCGAGGAGCCCGAGCGGCAGCGCUGUCGAGGUGCAGGUUGCUGGCCUUGCGAUCCGGCUCCCUCUCGGGCAAACCACCCGUGCCGCAGCCAGUCGCAUGUCGCUCUGCGGCGGCGACGUGGUCAGCGUGGUGCCGUCGACGCGGUGGUCGGACGAAGGGCUGGACACGCUCCAGGGGCUCGUCGCGCAGCGCGUGCGCUUCGGCGGCUUCAUCUUCCGCGCGGACCUCUUCGACAACGCCUUCUUCGGCGUCUCUGCGGCAGAGUCGCGUGCGAUCGACCCGCAGCAAAGGGUGCUCCUCGAGUCCGGCUACGAGGCUCUGCACGCGGCGGCGCUGGGGAAGCAGCAGCUCGCAGGCUCGUGCACGGGCGUCUUCGUCGCCAUCGCCGCCAACGACUGGACCGACGUCGUCAAGAGGUCUCCGAUCGGCAGGAGCGUCUACGCGGCCACGGGAAGCGCCAUGUCGGUCGCGUCCGGCCGCAUCUCCUUCGCCCUGGGGCUGCAGGGGCCUUGCGCCUCCAUCGACACGGCGUGCUCUGCGGGGCUCGUUGCCAACCACUCGUGCCUUCGCGUGGUGCAGAACGGAGAGUGCGCGACCGGCCUCGUGAGCGCGGUCAACAUCAUGCUCCUCCCUGACGUGAGUCUCGCCUUUGCGAUUGCGGGGAUGACGUCGGCGAAGGGGCACUGCCACACGUUCGACCGGAGCGCGGACGGGUACGUGCGCGGCGAGACCUCCUGCGCGACCGUUUUGCGCGCCGCUCGGGCCGGGACGCUCGCCGUCGCCGGUAGCUGCGUGCGACAGGACGGCAAGAGCGCGAGCCUGACAGCGCCAAACGGGCAGGCGCAGCGAGGUCUCCUUCUCGACGCGCUCGCCGACGGCGCGGCGGCCGCCCGCGACGUCGCCUGCCUCGAGGCGCACGGCACCGGCACUGAGCUCGGCGACCCGGUGGAGGCGGGGUCUAUGAGCGCCUCGCUGCUUGGCGCGCGCAAGUGCCCCCUCGCCGUCGGCAGCAUCAAGGCGAGCGUCGGACACGCGGAGCCGGGCGCCGGCGCCGCGGGCCUGCUGCGGCUGGCGGCGGGGCUGCUCGGGGCGUGGACGCCACCGAAUGCGCAGCUCCGCGCAUUGAACGUGCAUGUCGGCGAGGCGAUCGGCGCCGCGGCGUGCGCUUGCUCGCUGCCCUCCCAGGCGGCCAGCCUGCCGGCCGCGAGCGGCACGGCGCGCUUGGGCGGAGUCAACUCGUUUGGCUACAGCGGCACGAUAGCGCACACGCUUCUGCGGGCGACGUCGUCGACUGCGGCGCCGCCUCAGCUGCGCCUCCGCUACGCGCGCAAGUCCUACCCUUGGCAGGCGGCGGCGGCGGCACCGUCGCCCAGCGCGGCCUCAAAGCCGGCCGAGGUCCUCUUGACGUACUCCUCGGCGUGGUCCUCCCAUCCCCGCCCUCUUCCCCGCCAGUCCAGCCGCUCCUGGCUACUCGUCGCCUCCGCUGACACCCCCUCCGGCGCUAUUGGCGACGGCGCCACCGCAGCCGCCACCGCCAACGCGACCAGCGCCGCCGGGUUGGUUCUUGAUUUGGCUUCGGUCCGAGGGGACCACGCGCCGCUCGCGAGGGCGGAGUGGAUCUUCUUCGUGGCACGGCAGCUCCUGCUGACCCGUCGCCCCUUACGGCUCGUCGUCCUGACGUCUGGUGCGCAGCUGAGCGUGCCCACGGCGAUGAGUGCGCUCGGAGGCUCCCGUCUGGCCGGUGGGUGCGCGUGGGGGAUGGGCCGUGUGCUUCGGAUGGAGGGCCCGGCGCUCGGCACCACCGUCGUCGACUUGCAGUUCGGUGCUUCUGUGCCGACCGCCCUCGCCUCCGUGCUGAUGGGCGACGACAGCGACGACAGUCUCAAGGAGGAGGGGCAGGUAGCCGUCUCCGCCACGGCGCUGCACGUGCUGCGGCUGCGGCGCGGCUGUGUGCACGAGGGGAGCGCGGCGCCGCCACAGAGCGGCGGGACGCACCUCAUCACCGGCGGGCUGGGCGGGCUCGGCCUCCGGGCCGCGUCGCUGCUCUGCGACGGUGCUGCGGAUGCUGUCGUGCUCUGCUCGCGGAGCGGACGAGUUGCGCGGGGCGGGCAGGGCCUCGAGGAGCGGCUCGAGCGGCUGCGGAGAGGGGAGGGCGGUGUGGCGGUGGUGGCGUGCGACGUGGCGCAGGAGGAGGGCGUGGUCGCGAUGCUCCGUUCAGCGCCGCGGGAGGUCGACGGCGCUCCCGGGACGGCGCUUCGCAGGCUCAGCUCGGUCCUGCACACUGCGGGGACGACGCGCGAUCGGCUGAUGCUCAACACCGGGCGCGACGAGCUCGCCGCUGUCAUGGCGCCAAAGGCGCUCGGCGCGCGCCACCUCCACGGCGCGACGAGCCAAGCCGCGGCGGCCGCCUUUGUGCUCUUCUCCUCGAUCGCCUCGACGUUUGGGAACGCGAGCUACGCUGCUGCGAACGCGUGUCUCGACACGCUGGCCACCGCUCGGGGUUGCGCCGGCAUGCCAGCGAGCUCGAUGCAGAUGCCGCUUGUCCUUGGGGCGGGCAUGGGCGCUGCCGACAAGCAGGCGUUCUCCCUCUUGUCGCUGUCGCUCGAGCAGUACGCGGGGUGCCUCGGCGCUCUCCUCGGCGUCUCGCCGCCGGCGCGGCCAGACCUUGCCCUCGACUUGUCGCACGGUGCCAGAGUCUGGGCCCCGCUGCCAGCCGAUGCAGCGUCGAUCUUGCGCGGGCAGCAUGCGGCGCUCCUGCCCUUGCUGUCGGAGCUGCCAGGGUCGGCGGUGCGCGCCAACGCGAGCGGCGGCCAAGCAGUCGCCGCUGCUCCGGGCAGUUUGGCGCACGAGCUGCUUCAGAUGCCGCCUGAGAAGCGACAGCCGCACGUUGAGGCGAUCGUGAUGGAGGGGGCGAAGUCACUGCAGCUGCUCCGCGCGUCGACCAAGUCCGGCAACGCGCAGCUCUUCGCCAUCAACCCCCUCGUCGACGAGCGGCUCAGCUCCGGCGCGGCCGCUCCGUUGAUCCUCCCCUCACAGCCGCUGCAGUGUGGCUCAGCCGGCGUUCCCGCCACCGGCAUCUCGUCAUUUGGCUACUCGGGGACCAUCUCGCACCUCGUCGUCUCGCGUGGCGGCGACGUGGCCAUUGUGCCGCCAUCUUCUGGCCGGCAGGCGGCGCGUUUUGUCCGCCAGCGAUUCAGCUGGGUGGACCUCCCUCACCCCUUUGCACAGCGGCCGGUCGAGGCCAGCGCCAUGCGACGCGCCGGAGCGCCGGCCAGCGGUGCUCUGCUUGCCAUCGUGGCCGACCACGUGAUUCAGCGGCACGUCAUCUUCCCUGCGGCCGCGUAUCUCGAGAUGACGCGUGCGGCGCGCGCCGUGCGGCUGAGCGGGCGCGAGCCCCGUGCCACCCGGCUGUCGCGCGUCUACUUUAUGGCCCCGAUGUUCCUCGACGAGCCGGACGGCCUGUGGGUAUCGGUGGAGCUCGACGAAGCCGACGAGCGCUUCGAGGUGACCACCUCCCGCCUCGAUGGCUCCGGGGAGGAGCUGUCGCGUGCCGUCCACUGCGCCGGUUCAAUCGCCCUCGGCGAGGCGGGAGGGGCCUCCUCGAGCGCCCCCGCGGCCAGGUCGGUCGACAUCGUGGCGAGCCGAGGGGUGGCGACCUUUGGCGUCAGCGCCGCCGACUACUACGCCAUGUUCCGCGCCCGGCAGAUUGAGUACGGCCCCGAGUACCGGAGGCUGCGCAAGAUGUGGACGUCCCGUGAGGAGGGCGUGGCCGUCGCGUCGCUCGGGGUGCGCGCGGCGGGGUACGCUGGCAUGCGAGGCACGGCCAUCCACCCGGGCGAUCUCGACGCGGCGCUGCAGCUCACCGGCCUCCUCGCCGACGAGGCGGCGGCGCGGGCCAACGAGACGAGGGUGCCGUUCAGCCUCGGGCACGCCACGCUCUCGGGCGCCACGGGGCGGCUGUGGGCCGACGCGCAGCAGGCGCCGCCGGCCGCACCGAGCUGCCAGUAUGUGACGAGGUGGGACUCGGCCGAGGAGGACGAAGCGGCGCCGUCUCUGCAGCCGUCGAUCGAGAUCGCGGCGCCGCCGCUGCGUGCGGUGGUGCCGUCCGAGCCCUCCGGCGACCGGGGCGGCGAGGCUGCGGAGCGGCUCGCUCUGCUCGCCCUCCUCAAGCUGCACGUGAUGCAGCGGAACCCGCUGCCCACGGUGGUCUGGACGUGCGGCGCGCAGGCCGCCGAGGACGGCCCCGCCCGGACGUCCUUGCACGCGGGCCUCGGCGGCCUCGCGCGCUCUGCCCGCACGGAGAGCCCGACAGUGCGCGUCCGGUGCUACGACAGCCCGCGCGGUGGCGGUGGCGGCGGCGGCGGCGGCGGCGGCGCGCCUUCGCUGCUGGCGCGCCUCGCCGCCCCGGAGUCCGAGCCCGAGGCGGCGUGGCGGGGAGAGGCGUGGCUGGUUCCUCGGCUGGCAGACUUCUUCUCCCCUCCGUCGCACCGCGGCGAGCGGACGCGCGGCGGAGGGCGCUCGGGCGGCGUCCACGUGCUGAGCGGCGGCACGAGCGGCCUCGGCCUCCUCAAUGCGACGUGGCUUCUCGACGAGGGAGCCGCAGCGGUGGUGCUCGCCUCGCGUCGCGGCGAGGUGCUCGCUACAGACCGCGGGAAGCUCCCGCCGACCGACGACGCUGCCGCCAUGUCGCUCGCCCGGUGCGAUGUGGCGGAGCCGGCAGACGCGUCACGGCUCUUUGCGGGCCUCCACAGAGUGCCUCGCGCCCUCCUCCCGAGGGCCUGCCACGAGCCUGCUCAGAACCUCCCCAUAGGCCUCCCGGCCGACCUCGCGGCGCGUGUGCCUCUGGCCGGCGUGUGGCACGCGGCGGGCGUCCUCGCCGACGGCCUCGUCCGCUCGCAGACGGCCGCCUCGGUCCGGCGCGUCUACGCGCCCAAGGCGUGCGGCGCGUGGGCCGUGCAGGCGGCGAGUGCCGCGCUGCCCCUGCACGCGUGCACUCUCUACUCGUCGGUGGCGGCGCUGCUCGGAGGCGCCGGCCAGGCCAACUACUCGGCCGCCAACAGCUGCCUCGACGCGCUGGCCGCGUGCCGCCGCCGGCAUGGCCAGCGGGGCGCGAGCCUGCAGUGGGGCCCGUGGGCGGGCGUGGGCAUGGCUGCGGAUGCGUCGGUCCACGCGAGAAUGCAGGCGGCCGGCAUCACGCUGCUCACUCUGGCCGAGGGAGUGUGUGCCUGGAGAGCGGCACUCGACCCUCGCUCGCCCGCUGUGGCGGCGGUCAUCAACCUUCGCUGGAGCCGCUACCUUGGCGCGCUGCCCGAGGUGCCCGCCCUCCUCCGAAGCUACGCAGCGCACAAGCCCGCCAAGGCUGCGCGCGGAGCCGCCGCCACGGCUGGAGCCGCCAAGGCGGUCUCGCUCGAGGACAUCCUGGCGUCGAUCGAGUCGACGACGGGCAACGUGGUGAGCGCCGAUUCGCCUCUGCUGGACUCGGGCCUCGACUCGCUCGGCGCGGUGGAGCUGAAGAAUCAGCUGCAGGAGGCGGCAGGCAGCGAGAGAGGCCGAGUCGCUCGCCCUCUCGCCCGUGGAUCGCGUCCUAAGACAGACACGCUCGAGGGGACCCACGGCGCCGCCUCGCUCCGGUCUCUGUCGGCGGGCGGCGGCAACGCCAUCUCCCUGGUGCCGCCGAGUCGGUGGGCAGUGGACGGGCCCGACUACCCCGAGGGAGCCAUCGGCGAACGCGCCAAGCACGGCGGCUUCAUCGUCGGCGUGGAGGGGUUCGACGCCACCUUCUUCGCGAUCCCGCCCGCCGAGGUUGCGGCGAUGGACCCGCAGCAGCGGCUGCUGCUCGAGGGCGGGUACGAGGCGCUGCUCGCCGGCGGGCUCGACAAGGCGGCGCUCACGGGCUCGUCGACGGGCGUGUUUGUGGGCAUCGCCUUCUGCGACUGGCACACGCCCUCCCGUGCAGCACGUUGCUCACCUCGGCUAGUCUCGCCUGAUUUCGGGCGCGGGAUCCUCGCGCACGUCGUGCUCGAGGUGGCGAGCUGCCGGGACGUCUUGCCGGCGGCCGCGACGCCCGCGUACACCCGCAAGCGCUUUUCCUGGCGCAAGGCGGUGGAGCAGGCGGCCGCGGCCGCGCCGGGUCCGAGGGCAGGUUCGGGGGCGGUCGCGGUGGAGGAGCCGCGCGAGGAGAUGACGCUCGACUUGAUGCUUGGCGUCGAGCUCGCGGAGGAUGACUUGGUCGACAGCCCGACCGCCCGCCUCCUCGCCGCGCACGUCAAGGCUGCCCAGUCCAACCCCGACGCCGUCACGCCGCGGCUGGAUGCCGUCGGCCUGUACGAGCAGGCGCACUACCUCUCUCCGCGGGUCGUGCUCGUCCGCUCGCCGCCCGAGGGGCGCGAGGACUGCCCGAGCCUCGUGCUGGUCCACUCCAUCUUUGGCAACGAGCUCGGCUUCGAGCGGCUGCACUCGAUGGGAUUCGCAGACCGCGAGGUGCUCGCCGUGAGGCACACGGGAAUGGCGGCGGGCACAAAGGUGGAGGAGGAGUGCGUGGAGCGCUCGAUCGCCGAGCUCGCCGCCGUGUACGCCUCGGAGCUGGUCGCGUACCGCAAGGGGGCGCCGUUCGACCUGAUCGGCGCCUCCUUUGGCUCCACGCUCGCGCACCAGAUCGGCCUCGCCGCGCAGCGCCUCGGCGGCAACCCCCGCCGGCUGGUGCUGAUCGAGCCGCCGCCGCCAGGCCCCUUCCCGCGAGGGAUGCGCUACCUGGGCCAGGGCCGCAAGGUGACCCUGCACGACGCGGCGGAGGCGUGCCUUCUCAUCCGCGCCACCGCCGAGGCGGCGGCGCAGCGGCCGGAGCGAGGCGCCGACGCGGAGGCGGACCAGCCCCCCCCCACCAACAAGACGACCGAGGAGCUGCUGGCGGAGCUGCGCGACCUGCCCGACGCCGCCCUCGGCUACUUCAUCACGAAGGCCUUCCCGACGAUGGGCCGGAGCGAGGAGGAGGCGGUCCGGACGACGAGCCGCACGCUGCACGUGGUGCGCCACAUGCAGACCCUCGUCUUCCACGAGUGGAUGGAGCGCAAGGACCCGCUGCCCCGCUUCACCGGCCCGGACGGCUCGGCCGCCAUCUUUGUCGUCAAGGCGACGCGCCGCAAGGAGUGGCUGCAGAAGCUGUUUGGCAGUGUGAGCGGCGAUCUCCUCGACGCGGCGAAGGCGGAGUUCGACGAGGUCUGCGAGGUGAGGCGCGACCGCACGACGCUGCUCGGCCCGUCCGCGCUCGAGAUCUAUGUGCCGGGCAACCAUACCCACGUGUCGGCUGUGUGCGUCUCGUACCGCGACGCCAACUUCCGCGUGAACGUGGACGUGCCGCGCUGGCUGCCGGAGCUCGUCUUUGGCGACCUCGACGAGCUGCGCAGCGCGGUCAAGCGGCCCGGCGUGAACAUGGAGGAUUUUGUGUAG